GUGUUUGGUGGUGGUAAUGACGGAGUCGCGACCUCAGGCGGUUCAGGAGCCAGAGAUACCACACGUCCUGGCAGCGUUUGAUACAUUCCAUCAGUUAUGGGUGGCCGAGGCGAAAAGAAAUUCCAUUGCGCCCAAAGCACUUCAUAAACAACAGACGCAAGAGCAAACGUCACCACAGGAACAGCCUCUUCAGGAACAACUGACGGCAGAAAAGCCUGUUGAGGAGCAGCUGAUGGCAGAGCAGCCUGUUGAGGAGCAGCUGACGGCAGAGCAGCCUCCUGAGGAGCAGCUGACGGCAGAGCAGCCUCUUGAGGAACAUCUUCCACAAGAAACGUUAGCGGACAAACAUUUCGUAGAUCCAACUCCUCAGCUGGUGGCUGAGGUGAAGGAAAUACCUCAGCAAGCGUCAGUGAUGGAGACGGCAGUAGCACAAGAGGCGGAGGCUUCUUUAGCACUUGCUACACCAGUGCCAAAUAUGGACCAGGCAUUCAAAAAUUUCUUCGCAAUUUGGGAAGCUGAAGCGGCCAGGAAUGCGAUUGCACCUGUAGCAUUUAAACAUGAGAUUCCCUCGACUCUUGUAACAGCGCAGGAAUUACAGCCCAUAGAGGAGGUGCUGCCCAUAGAGGAGGUACAGCCCAUUGAGGAGGUGCAGCCCAUAGAGGAGGUGCAGCAGGCGGCGCAACAGGACCAACCUCUGGUCGUGGUAGAACCAGUUGUAGAACCAGUUGUCUCCAUCGUGCCAGACAUGCAAGCAGAGUUCGCCAGGUUCCACGAAAUAUGGAAGCAGGAAGCGGCAAGGAACGCGAUUCCUCCCUCAGUGGCUACACUACACUCAAACUCUUAAUUGGGGUCAUAGUGCAACAAAUUAUGUCUAAUACUGAGGCAGUGUGUAAAUCUAGAUACAUAUAAAUACAAGUUGAGGAUGCUUUCUUCGUGAAAUUUGCUUCUCAAAUGCAAGCCGUAUGCCUAGAUUGUAAUGUUAUCGGCUGUAACUGGUAUGUGGAUAUUUCCUCCGCCGUUCAACGCUUUACGACCCAUACGAUUUAGCGUUUUCCAUGAAUAUAACAACAACCCGGUAAGUGGAUGGUAUGGCUGCCACGGAGUUAUUUCUUGUUUCUCCCGUCGUUUCACUUCCGGAAGACAUGUUCAGAGUGCUUCUCCACGGAGACUUAUAACUAGAAAAACGUGUUUUCUUUAUAGAACGAAGCCAAAUGUAAUAAAUUUGGAAAAAUAUAUUUAUGGGUCCCUUAUCUUCGUGAAAUAACAAAUAAAGAAACCAUACCUAAUUCAACACAUUAUUUCCUAACAUAAG